UCUGGUGACUGGAGAUUACGUGGUGAAGUUAGUUAGCCAGUUGCUAGCCCGACAAAAACAGCACACACAGAUGUAAUGACUGAAAAAAUAUAUUUGCGUUAAACGUGCAUUUCCAUAACAAUAAACACCAGUUCUUUCUGGGUUUAUGGAGGUGUUACGAGUCAAGGCAGCAGAGAGAAACCCCAGAAUGAGUUCUGCGUAUGCCGUGGAUAUAACCCGUUGUGCAUUACGAACACCCUAAAGCAUCUCGAGAGAGCCAUUCAAAACAUUGCUUCACACACACACGGCUAUAGGCUACAUCUACACUACUGAGAUGUUUGCAAAGUUGAAGAAGAAGCUGGCAGAGGAAGGCGCCGCUGCCCCUCGUUCAGGCCGCAUCCCUCGCUCCAUGAGCAAAGAGUCCAUCACUUCUGUGGGCGCAGAUUCAGGGGAUGACUUUGCGUCUGAUGGCAGCAGCUCCAGAGAUGACGCCUCUUCUCAGAUUCAGCGCAGAAACGAUCAGAUACGAAAGCUGGAGGCCAAACUCUCAGACUACGCUGAGCAGCUUCGGCUAAUGCAGAAGACCAAGGAGAAGCUUGAGAUUGCAUUAGAGAAGUAUCAGGAUUCAUCCAUGCGCAAACUUCAGGACCAGAACGAAGCUUUUCAGUCUAACAGAGCCAAGAUGGCAGAAGGAAUGGCCUUAGCGUUAGAGAAGAAGGACCAGGAGUGGAUGGAAAAGCUGGCUUCGCUGGAACAGGAGAAGUUGUCACUGACCGCUCGGUUAGACGAGAUGACAGAGCAGAGUUUAACACUGUUCCAGAAGAGAGAUGAUCUGGAUGAGCUGGAGGGCUUUCAGCAGCAGGAACUGGCUAAAGUCAAACACAUGCUGCUGAAGCGAGAGGAACAGCUGAGUCAUCGGGAGAAAGAGCUCCGAAUGAGAGGAGAGGAGCUGAACAAAGCGAGACUGACCCUGAGCCAAACCGAAGACAAGCUGUACGAGGUGGGAGAGGAACACGAGGAGAUGUGCAGGAUCAACUCACAGCUACAGGCUCAAAGGGAUGAGUUGUUGAGUGAGAGAGCGGAGGCUGAGAGGAGGGUUGUAGAUCUGGAGAGAAGAGAGCAGGAGUUACAGGAGCUCAUUCAGCAGGUCUCACAGGAUUUCCAGAAGGCACAAAGCAAUGCAAAUGCACUAGAGAAGGCAAUGGAGCAUCUCCAGUCUGAACACAAUAAGCUAAAGCUACAGCAUGAGCAGCACAAGAACAAGGUUGCAGUGACAGAAGAGGAGCGAGAGCGUCUAUUGGCUGAUCUGCAGGAGAAGGCCGCCUCCCUAGAGAGGAGACUAGAAGCAAACUACUCUCAGGAUGAACACCUACAGGAACUACUGAAAGAGAAGUCUGCAUUAGAGCAGAGGUUAGAGGAGGCCAGAGGUCAGUUACUGGAGACCAGAACAAAUCACACCACAGCAGUCAGUUCACUGGAAGCCCAGAUCUCUCGUCAGAAAGCCAGCAUCACAGAUCUGCAGACUCUGGUCAAGCACAAAGACGAUUCGUCCAGGGCUUACAAAGAGAGGACAGACGCACAGAUCUCAGAACUGGAGCAGAGACUGGCUGACUGCGCUGAGAAGAUGAAGAGUCUGCAACAGCAACUCGAAGACAGUGAAACGCACACAGAAAAACUGCAGGUGGAGUGGUCGGAGGAGAGAGAGCGACUACAACAGCAGGUCUCGACACAGAGACAGAGAGGCUUGGAGAAAACAGCCAGGCUGGAGGAGGAACUUCUUGCUCUACAGAGAGAGAGAGAAACCGAGGUCAACAAGCAUCAGGACAACGUGCGGUUGCUGGAGGAGGAGAAGGCCUCACUUUUGAAGAGCAAAGCUGAGAUUGACAGCACUGUAGAGAGACUGACGGCAGAACUCGACCAGUCUAGAGCGGAUUUGAGUAGCAGACAGACGGUCAGCGUUGAAAUCGCCAAAGCUCUGGAGGAAACCAGAAAACAGAGGGAAGAACUCCAACUGCAGGUCAGCAAAAUGACAGAGUCUCUUGAGAAGGCGGAACAGGAAGUGAGUCGUCUUUCUCAGGAUUUAGGGGCAAAGGAGGAAGAACUAAACUCGUUGAAGGAAGAGCUGAAGGCAGCCCGUAGCAGUCUGUCAUCUCUGCAGGCUGAGUGCGAGUCUCGUCGUUUGGAGGCUGAGGAGAGAGAGCGAGAACACACCUCUCAGCUGACAUCACUGCAGCAGGAAGUACUCACGCAAACACAGCAACUCUCUUCUUACCAGUCCCAGGUGUCUGAUCUGGAGGGUGAGGUGUUGAGAUUAACAGCACAGUCACAUGCAGACGAGUGUGAUGGUGAGCAGAACGGGACAGUUACUGCAAGUGAUCUUGACCAGUUACAAAAGGUCAAUAAAGACCUCGAGCAGCAACUGGCUGAAAAAAACAAGACAAUAAAGCAGUUACAGCAGAGGCUUGCAGAACUGAAGAGGACACUACAGAAAGAGCUGAAACUGAAACCAGAUCCGGACUCUGAGAUGAGGGAGAGAUCGGCCGAUAAGAUGCUCUCAGAGACACAGAUGCCCACUACAGCUCCAACCCCAGCUCAAGGACUCCCUCAAACCCCAGGCCCGCAGCCCAUCACCUCCAACACCACAGUCACCAACAGUUCAGACCUCACCGACACAAGAGAGAUCAACUUUGAGUACCUCAAACACGUGGUGCUGAAGUUCAUGUCAUCCAGAGAGGCAGAGGCUUUCCAGCUCAUCAAAGCUGUUUCAGUACUUCUACACUUCACAAAAGAUGAAGAGGACAUGCUCAAACAGACACUGGAGUACAAGAUGUCGUGGUUUGGUUCCAAGCCCACACCCAAAGGAAUCAUACGGCGUUCCAUCUCAGGAGCCUCAAGUUUGAGCUGAGAGACAAAAACAUCUCUGAGACAAAGUGAAAGAGGGAACGGUGAAAGAUCUCGGUAGGAAACUACUGACGUCUGAAGGGAACAAUUGCAGACUCUGCAGUUUCAAUCUCUGCCUCAGCAGUUCCUAUGUAGCUCAUGCCCUUUAAAGAAUGGGACACAAAAACAACUGUCCAUUUUACACUCAAAUAUUGCAGGGACUAAAAACAAAUGCUUUAUGAACAUCAUCUUUCUGUGACCUGGGGAGUUUCAUCUUUUAAGUAAUGGUUAAAUGACAUCAUCCGUCUCAACCCAUGUACUCCGUAGUUUCAUCCGCUUUCAAAAAACUACCACUGCUGUUUUUAACAGGAAGAUCUUUCAACACAAAAAGGAGUAUUUCUUUUUUUUUUUUUUUGAAACGCCAGUCUGCGCUUUAACUGGUGUCCAAUCAAAUCCUCUACUCCAUUUCACUGGUACUCAUGAAGACAAUAAUCAUAUGGCCUUUAAAUACUGGACGUCAGUGAAAAUCAGGAAUGGGAUGUUAUAAGAUAUAAUGUUGUGAUUUUUGAAUAUGUGGAAGCAUCGUACUUUAAUCUGCCUUGUUUAUGUGUAAAUUACAAUUACGUACAUUCCAUACAAGUAUUUAUAUAUGAAUACCUGUAUAUAAGUGAUAAGAGGAUUUAUAAAUUAGUGGAUAGUUAAGUUAUGUUUUUUUGUACAUCAUAUACAUGCAUUAGUUGCAAUACUGUUCAUGAGUGUGUAUGAGAUUCUUCACUGUGGGCUUGAAACUGUAAUAUAGAGGCAUAUAUGCACUGAGGAAACAAGCAUGCAUGCCUUAUACAACUGAAUGCUUUGAUUGUACUUUGGUUUUGAGUGUAUAUUGAAGCAUUUGAGUAUAUCAAGGCUAAAAUACUGUCAACUGCAUUUAUAUUUCUCUGAGAACAAGUCAACAGAAACAUCUUUUUCAUUUUACCUGUGAAAACCAAGUCGUUUUUCGGGCCGAGCCAGUGUUUUGCUGUCAGAACGAUGUAAUUUUGUGUGUUUUAACACUGAGGAGCAUCAGCAGUAAGGUUAACCACUCUAAAUGACAGACUCUUCUGGUAAUAAUAGUUGAAUUCAUCCUUGAAUAUACCUGUGGGAUGCUCAACAUGUGUUUGCUGUUUUUAGAAAAAGAAACCCAAAGAAUUUCUGUUUUAUGUAAAGCUUGAAUCAGCCGAUUCGGAAAAAAAAAAUGGCUGUGCUGUAAAUGAAGGUUCUCUGAAAUCCCAUUGGAAAAUGCAGAUAAAAUGCCCUGUGUGUGAACAGUUAGGGAUGACUUUGGAAGAUCCAUAAUGCACUUUUCUACAACUGUAUUCAUGUUUGUUUUGAUGUUAUGAUACUGUAGCUAUCACGACAGUAUCCAUUGCCUCUGCUUUUAGCAAAAUACCACUACAUCCUUAAUUUGGUUUCACUUCAUGGUCUGUCAGGAAUAUAUCAAAACUUGAUAAAAAUUGAAAUGUUUCUCAUUGA